AUGGGAAUGAAAGCUCGCUGCCAAUGCGGAAAAAUCCAAUUCGAAACACCCACAGACAAACCACUCAAGCUCUGGAUCUGCCAUUGCACAGAAUGCCAGCACCAAAGCUCCUCUGCUUUCGGCAUCACCGCCACAUUUCAAUACUUUGAUCUCCCUGGUGAAUCAUCCAGUCUAGCAAGCAGCUAUACGCGUGUCACGAUCAAAGGCCGAGAAAUGGAGUGCCUAUUUUGCAAGAGCUGUGGUGCCCGUCUUUUCCAUCGCUUCAAAGAUGCCGUGCCGGCACAAGGAGAGCAGCCGCAUUUUUCUGCAAUCACCAAUGUUAAGGGAGGCUGCUUGGAAGACCUCAAUAAGGAAAUGCUGCGGAAUGCGGUCCAUAUCUGGUGUCAAGAGGCUAUCAUCGAUAUCCCCGAUGGCGUGGAGAAAUGGGAUCAGGCGCCACCGCAGCCGAAUCCGUUGGUUACAUGA